AUGUCAAACCUUGUUGGGAAGUUUCAGCAACUAAAUCUGAAGAGCAGCCUUAACAAAGAGCAAGAAGCCGUGAACGCUCAAUGGGAUUCGAUUGUCAAGUCCGGUCAAAUUCAAGCACAACUUGAUGAGCUCAACUUGCGUUUGAGAGAUCAUGCUUUUAUUUUGAAUACUCUGACACCCACUGAAACAGAUGCCGCUGUGUUCGAAUCUGUAUUGCCAGUGAUCAAGGACCUGCUUGCGUCAUCCAAGGACAUUAAGGGCCAUUACGCUAAAUACCGACAUAUUUUAAGAUGGGUUGGAUACCUACAAGAAUUGCUUGGUUUGCCAAGCGACAGCAGAGUGGACAUCAACGAAGAUCUGGAAUUGCCACGCGAAGUAUUAGAAAAGAAGAAGAAGGACGACAAGAAGGACGACCAGAAACCUGGGCCAAAAGAGGUCAAAAAGGACGCCAAACAGCCUGAGUCUAAAGAGAAGGGACCAAGAGGAAAGCCAGACGAAGAGACAUUGACAAAACUCAGAGAAGAAGCCAAGGCUAAAAAGGCUGCUAAGAAGGCUGCAACUGCUCAGCAACAACAACAGCAACAGCAGCCUCAAAAGCCAAAACCAUCUUCCAUUGACUUCCGUGUUGGUUUUAUUCAAAAAGCUAUCAAGCACCCUGAUGCUGAUUCUCUAUAUGUCUCCACCAUCGAUGUCGGUGAGUCCGACGGCCCAAGAACUAUUUGCUCUGGUCUUGUCAAAUACUACCCGCUGGAAGCCAUGCAAGAGCGCUACGUCGUCGUGGUUGCAAACUUGAAGCCAGUCAACAUGAGAGGAAUUAAGUCCAACGGUAUGGUUCUGUGUGGCUCUGCUGACGGUACGGUGGAAUUCGUUCAACCCCCAGCGGGUUCCAAGCCUGGUGACAAAAUAUUUUUCGAAGGUUUUGGCGACGAAGAACCUCUUAAACAACUAAACCCAAAGAAGAAGAUCUGGGAGCAAUUGCAACCUCAUUUCUCCACCAAUGAGAGUCUCGAAGUCAUUUUCAAAGACGACGAGGACGAAACUCAAAAGAUUAGAAAGUUGGUUAAUGCCAGGGGUGAAUCAUUCAAAGUGAGCACCAUUGUCAACGCACAUGUAAGCUAA